AUGCUGCUCGCCGUCCCCGCUCUUUCGACAUCCGCCUUCGUUUCUGCCCAGCGGCCCGCCCUUUGCGGACGCGCACGAACCUGCUCGCCGUCGCUCAAGAGCGAGUCGGACCGGUAUUCGUUUGCCGACCCGACGGUGAUCCUCAAUUCCUUCUUCAAGAAGACGCCGGCUCUCGGCGCUCAGAAGUACUACACCGGCCUGCAGACAGACGCCACCACGGGUGCCGAACCGAGGCCCGCCGAGCCAGCUGCCGAGGAGGCGCUGGACCUCGUGUCUGAUUCGUGCAUCGACUGGGGUGCACUCUCGCCGCGCGAGGUGGCCGCUGCGUUCGUGAUGCUCAAAGGCGGGCGGAAGCAGGAGGCUGAGUCGCUGCUCGUGUCUGUGCUGGCGGAGCUGCGCCAGAUGAGGGACGCGUCGCAGGCGUGGGCGGCGGAUGACGAGGCGGAGGUGUCCGCAGCCUUCUUCGAUGGCGGCCGCAAGCCCGAGUCCGACCCGUCCAAGGCCAAGUACUACACGGGGCUCUGA